AUGGCCGCUGAGGCCGAUGACAGCUUCUUCCUCCACCCCUUACAACUCGACCCAACGUCCAAGGCGAUUUCGGCACCCACAUCCUCGCAGGGCAGCAGUCUAGCCGCCGAACUCGACUCAUUAAACACUCUGCAUCGUGCCCUUCUCAACCUCGACAGCCCCAAUGUGCCCCCUCCUCCGCGACCCGUCAAUCCCAAGCGCAGCGCCCAGGUCAGUAAGUUACGGGACUCGGCCAACACAGCCUACCGCAAGUCAACCAUACCCGAAGCAAUCAGGUUAUACACAUAUGCUAUCGACAUGGCCCUAGGGCGGCCCCCGUGGGAACCCCUGGGCCUGGUGCGCGAGGAGCUAGCGCCGCUGUACGCCAACCGCGCGCAGGCACACAUGUCCCAGCAGGAGUGGGCGGAAGGAUGGAUUGAUGCCCAGCUCAGCAUCGAGUGCAACGAUGAAACCAAUACCAAGGCAUGGUGGAGAGGCGGAAAGUGCCUGGUUGAAAUGGGACGCUGGGAAGAAGCCGUGGAGUGGCUUCAGAGAGGACUGGAGGCCGAAGGGAUUGAGACUGAUGGCGGCCGGGAGCUCAAAACCUUGAUGGACGAUGCUCAAAAGGGGCUGGCGCGGGCGUGA